UGACUACUGAAUUGCUUCUGCAAGGUACGACCCGCGCUCGCAAUCGUUCAGCCUCCAGUGUGGGAGCUGCCCGUUUGCACGAUGGAUCGCUCUGCGCCCUCUGCUAAAGACUCUGCAUCGCGCGCGCCAUCUGCUUCCCCAUGUCUGCGACAACUCCUCUCCAGCUCAGGGAAUGGCUGCGCUCAAUCCAGACCAGCUGGAUGAAAACCGAAUUGCCGAAGAACUUAUAAGACAGCGCAGAUCUGCCGCACAGCAAGUCGAGCGCAUCCGGGCAUGGUUGUCGGCCCCGGAUUGGAAAACCUCCUACGAGCAGACGGUCCGCCGGCGAUGUGAGUGCACGGGACGGUGGUUCCUCGCGGACCGCAGGUAUCAAGCCUGGCGGACUGCUCAGCUUCGAGGUAAGGAGCCAAUCAGUGUGCGCGGCAUCCUCGCCGUCGAAGCGAAACCCGGCUUUGGCAAGACUUUUCUCACUGGCAUCAUUGUCGAUGACUUGAAAGCUCCCGAUGGGCCCCUACACCACGUACGGCCAGAGAAGCACGCUGUCGCCUUCUUCCAUUUCGUUGCUAGAAAUCCGGACACGCACAGGAGUUCGAUGCAGGCCUUCCGUGCGGUUGCGACCCAGUUGCUCGAAACCCAUCAAAAUGACCGAGACGCUAUGCAUCAAUUGGCCUUCUGGAUUGAGAAAGAGUCCAGUGGCCAGCAGCAGCCAUCGUUCGACGACGUCGUUUGUGUCGUCCGGAUCCUUGUGCGACAUUGCCCGACCUUCUUAGUCUUUGACGGAAUCGACGAAUGUUAUGACAACGAGGUGUUUCUUGCAGCCGUCUAUGAUUUGUGCAGCUCCGAAGAGUGCAAAAUACUCCUUCUGGGGCGACCUUCAAUAAGCUUUCCACAGGAGUAUCAGAACUGCGGCUCCCCUUCGAACUGGCGGGUGUCACUAAGCGACCACGAGAAUUUCGAGGAUAUUGGAGGAUUUCUUCAUUCGAGGAUAGAAUCAAUGGCGUCCAGAGGUCUUUUCGGGGAUCAAAUCGUCGACCCAACAGUCAUAGAGGAAGUCACUCGCCGAGCAGACGGAGUUUUCCUGUGGGCAACUCUCUUUGAGCAGUUCCUGACCUCAGCCGCCCUGGCUCCUCAAGAAAGAUAUGACACACUGCACAGACAGAACCAUCUGAGAGGACUUGGUGCGCUCUACAACGGUAUACUACAUACGCUCACUCGAAGGAACGAGAGAGAGAAAACCAUAACCGCGGACAUAUUCAGAUGGCUUGCCCAUCCCAUCAAACCGCUCAGCAUCGAGGCCCUCCACACUGCGCUCGCUGUGAUCCCAGGACAGCCAACCACCGAAGCGCAAUAUCUGCCCAACUUCCCGAAAUGUGUUUCAGAAAUUACAUGUGGCCUGGCUGGUUUGGACUCCUACGGAACCCCGGUCUUCACUCAUCGAUCCGUGAAGGACCACUUGCAGUCGAAUCAGUGCGUUGUUUUUGAUUUCUCUCUGUUCGAUGAAAGCGCUAUGCACGCUCAUCUCGCUUCGCGCUGUAUCUCGUAUCUGGCGCAUGAUAUCCCGAAACAACCACUAGAGGCCUCUGAGCUCCAGCAACUUCGAGGACCUUCGACUAGCUCCGGAGCUUCGCUCCGGACCGUUCAAACUGAGAGGUCUGGAGAUAGUGGCUUUUACAGCCAAUCUUCGGACGAGGACGUCCCUAUGGAAAUCAUCACCGACAAAAAAGACUUCGAAACCGCAUUUCCUCUACUACGUUACGCGGUGCUCUGCUGGCCAGUCCACCUUAGUCGAAGUCUGACUCUAUCCCCAGCAACAGCACAAAAUAGCCAGUCUUCUCAAUAUGCAGCCCAUCAACCACACAAUACAUUCUCCACGUUUACGAUUACCGAAUUCCACCUUGGGUGGGUCUCUGUACUGUCUCAAUUCUUACUCGAUCGACUAGCUGUGACGGCUUGGGUGGAAUCAUCGUGGAGGUAUCGUCUCCCACCGAACCUCUCUCGGUUGGUCCCGCUCAUGGAACGCCUACAUACGUCUAUUGCGUCGCAGAAGAAUGAAGCCCGUGAGCUCGGUUGGGUGAUACUCGGCGUGAAGGAGCUCCGUGAUGCGCUCAAUGAGCUCCGAUCAAAUCAUCUGGCUUCUCUAACAGCUAAGCCAUCACUGAUAUGGCAAAGAGGUACACAAUCGAAAGGGUCUCAGAGCUAUUGGCCACUUUGGAAUCCCCAUACAAAUGGCCAAGUGGGCUCUAGGUGACGAUACGGCUGAUAUUUCCGACUUCUUUUCUUAUAAGACGACUUUAAGCUCUUUUCCACUCUUCUAGAUGGUGUUUUUCUUUGAAUGAUGGAAUCGUAUGCAUUGCAUUUGCUGGAUUUGGUUGGGAAAAGGAGUACACAGGACUCACAUUGCGAGGGAAGAUGGCAUUGGAGGA